CUUUUACUUGUCAAUUGUCACAUGGAAAAGUUAAAUUAAUUUGUAAAUACAAAUUCAGUUUUCUUUUACUUUUAGUUUGAAUUAAAAUGGGACGAAAAAACCGCAAUGUUAAUAAAUUUGCUCAACGUAAACGAGAUCAAAAGGAAAAGGCAAAGAAUCCUCAAGACAAACCUGCGGAAGAUACACGUAAACACUAUGAAGAUAUUGUAAGAGAAAAUGCAGCAUUUGAGGAGUAUUACAAGACACAAAAAGUAUGUCCGGAGGAACAAUGGUCAGAGUUCAUGGGGAGUUUAAAGGAGAACCUCCCAACAGCAUUCAGAAUAACAGGCUCUAAGGCUGAGGCGAAUGCAUUAUUGAAUAUUGUAAAAAGUGAAUAUUUCUCAAAAUUAUUAAAUGUGAAGAUUGAAAAUGAAGAGAAAGGUGUAGAAGAGGAAAUUAAACCUAUAAGCUUACCAUGGUAUCCCGGUGGCAUAGCAUGGCAACUUCGUCUAUCCCGUACAGAUAUCCGCAGAAAUGAACCAUUGUACAAGCUGCAUAACUUCCUUGUAGCGGAGACAGCGGCUGGUGGAGUGUCACGACAGGAGACGGUGUCAAUGAUCCCACCUGUGGUACUCGAUGUCCAACCUCACCAUAAGGUAUUAGAUAUGUGUGCAGCGCCAGGAUCGAAGACAGCUCAGCUGAUAGAAUUUUUACAUGCAGAUGAAGAGAAAGUACCAAGCGGUUUUGUGAUGGCGAAUGAUGUAGACAAUAGUAGAUGCUACAUGCUGGUGCACCAGGCCAAGCGGCUCAACUCACCCUGCAUACUCAUCACCAACCACGACUCCGCACUGAUGCCGGCUCUCAUCACCGCUGAUGAUAAGGACCCUACGAAAACAAAGCCUUUGAAAUUCGACCGUAUUCUAUGUGAUGUGCCGUGUUCAGGAGACGCGACUCUCCGUAAGAACCCUGAUAUUUGGCUCAAAUGGUCCACGGGGAAUGGAAAUAAUUUACAUGGUAUCCAGUACCGUGUGCUCCGUCGUGGCUGUGAACUGCUGGAGGUAGGCGGUAGACUGGUGUACUCCACGUGCUCCUUUAACCCUGUGGAGAAUGAGGCUGUGGUGCACCGUCUGCUGCAGGAGACCGGAGACAGUGUUCAACUGGUGGAUGUCUCCGAUAUGCUGCCAGGGUUGAAGUUCCAUAAGGGUAUGACACAUUGGAGACCAGCUUCAAAGGAUAUGGUGUUUUAUGAUAAAUAUGAAGAUGUACCGGAGAAGUGGCAGACCGUGGUCAGACCGCAAAUGUUUCCACCGAAACCUGAAGAUCUGGAGAAAUAUAAUUUGGACAAAUGUAUAAGAAUAUUACCUCAUCAUCAAGAUACGGGUGGAUUCUUCGUUGCUGUAUUCGAGAAGACCGGUCUACUCCCCUGGGAGAAGACCGUCGAAGAAAAGACAGACACAGAGAUUAAAGAAGACAAAAAAGAACCACCGAUAAAGAGAAGAAGAAUGGGUGGAUAUAGAGAGGAUCCUUUUGUAUUCUUCUCCGGUGAUGAUGAAGAUGUAUUUCCUUCUAUCAAAGAGUAUUACGAUUUGAAAGAAGAUUUUGAUUCUAAAUGUCUUUUAACGAGAUGUCAUGUUGGGAAAAAGAAGAAUAUAUAUUUAGUGUCAAAUAUAGUGAAAGAUGUUGUGCAGAAGAAUGAGGGUAGUUUGAAGAUAAUUAAUACUGGAGUAAAGACGUUUGUUAGAUGUGAUAAUAAGAAUAUGACCUGCCCUUUCAGAUUAUCACAAGAAGGGUUACAUAGUAUAUUACAGUAUAUAGGACCUGCUCGAAAAGUGAACAUUUUAAAGGAAGACCUUAUCCUUGUGCUGCAGAAUGAUAAUCCGAGUAACCCACCUGAUAUUAAAUUAUUCUCCGAACAUACACAGAGUUUGGUUAAAGAUUUAGCAACCGGUAGCUGUAUCUUAGAAUACCAGGAUACGGAAUCUCAGCUGCGACUAACACUAGUUGGUUGGCGCGGCGUGCACUCCCUGCGCGCCUACACCGCCACGCCCGACACCGUGCACUGCCUGCGUCUGCUCGGAGCUGAUUAUAGUAAAUACGACGUGAACAAAUUCAAAAAGGCGUCCGACGUGCCCGAUGUAACGAAAACUGAUGACGUCACAGAGCCGCAGUCAAACAAAACUGAACCUAACGAUGACACGAAUAAUGUUGAUAUUUCAACAAAAUCCAGUAUGGAUACGUAACAUUUUAUCAAACGUAAAAUUUAAAUGCAGUGACACUUGUCUGUCUCUUUCUUCUGUCCAAGAGAAGGAAAGAGAUGUCAAUAUGUAUAAACUGUAUGCAGUGAAUUUUUACGGAUAUUGUAACUUAUAAUUUAAGAAUAUAUUAUUGACAUUGA